UCACGUAGCUCUAAGCCUGAGACAAAAGACGGAACUGUUUCUACUGUAGAGCUUUCAGAGCUCACAGAGAAAGAUGAACAGUGUGCUCGAUCCAUCGCGACCAGAGCACCUGUUUCUGAUAGCUUAGAUGAAGUCCAGGCCAUUGUGGAGAGCUGUGAGGAGAUCGAGCAGCUCUAGGAUCCAGUGACCUGCCAGGACGAGCCAGAGAUUAUGGACAUCGGCCAGCCAGAUCUGAGCAUUGAGGGUUUCGAGGAGCUCCAGGGCCCCCAGGAUCCAGUGACCUGCCAGGACGAGCCAGAGAUCGUGAACAUCGGCCAGCCAGAGCAGAGCUGUGAGGGUGUCGAGGAGCUCCAGAAUCUCCAGGACCCAUCGACCUGCCAGGCCGAACCAGAGAUUGUGGACAUCGGCCAGCCAGAUCAGAGCUGUGAGGGGGUCGAGGAGCUCCAGGAGCUCCAGGACCCAUCGACCUGCCAGGACGAGCCAGAGAUUAUGGACAUCGGCCAACCAGAUCAGAGCUGUGAGGGGUUUGAGGAGCUCCAGGACCCAUCGACCUGCCAGGACGAGCCAGAGAUUAUGGGCAUCGGCCAACCAGAUCAGAGCUGUGAGGGGGUCGAGGAGCUCCAGGAUCCAGUGACCUGCCAGGACGAGCCAGAGAUUGUGGACAUCAGCCAGCCAGCUCAGAGCAGUGAGGGGGUCGAGGAGCUCCAGGAUCCAGUGACCUGCCAGGACAAGCCAGAGAUUGUGGACAUCAGCCAGCCAGCUCAGAGCAGUGAGGGGGUCGAGGAGCUCCAGGAGCCCCAGGACCCAUCGACCUGCCAGGAGAAGCCGUUUGUCAAAAAGUGCCAGCCUCUGAAGAAGAGCUCCAUCCGUUUACUGUGGGAGGUGAGGGUGCCACAGUCUCUGGUUGGAAGGUUCAUUGGACAGAAAGGACGGCACAUAAACUUCCUAAAGAAGAAAUCUGGAGCAAAGAUAGAUAUUAUAACACCGGCAAGCUCUAAAGAAUUCAAGAUCAUUCUUGUUGCCGGAACAGAGGAGCAAAUGAGCACAGCUGCAGCUAUGAUUACAGAGUGGUUUAAAAAAUGUGAACUGGAUCUGCCAUCUUUUACACCGAGACCUAGAUUACCAAGGACACAGAUCCAGGAUCCAUCGACCAGCCAAGACCAACCAGAGACUGUGGACAAGUUUGUGUGGGAGGCAAGGGUGCCAAAGCGUCUGGUUGGGAGCAUCAUAGGGCCUAGGGGAUGCAACUUGAAGUCCUUAAUGAAGAAAUCUGGAGCCAAGAUAGAUAUUAUAACACCGGCAAGCUCUGAAGAAUUCGAGAUAAUUAGUGUAGAUGGUAAAGAGGAGCAAAUCGGCACAGCUGCAGCCAUGAUUAUAGAGUGGUUCAAAACAUCUGAUGUGGAUUUGCCACCUUACACACCGAGACGUGAAUGACCAAAAACACAGCUCCAGGAUCCAUCGACCUGCGAGGACCAACCAGAGAUUGUGGACAUCGGCCAGUAAGGCUGGGCGAUAUGGAUCAAAAACUAUAUCUCGAUAUUUUUUUCUGAAUUGAGAUAACUGUCUAUUAGAAAAGAUCAAUAAAAAAGAUAUAAAAUA